AUGCCAACCACAAUCAUCAAAAUUACGUUUAUUGAUCCACAAAAUCGUAAUACAUUCGUACAUACUGGUCUACAAGUUGAUUCAAUGCAUUUCAUAGCUGAACCAGCAACACAAAACACCACGCCUGUACAAUGUUAUAUAUGCCUUAAAUACAAUCAUGUAGUAAAGUACUGCAAAACGAAGCAACAGAUAUGUGCUCGGUGUGGUGACAACCAUCAUAUGGACACAUGUACUGCUGCGUCGGAUAUGUCGAAAUGCUGCAAUUGUAAAGGUAAUUAUUUAGCCGCUUCUAAUGAUUGCUCGACAUAUAUAGAACAAGAAAAAAGACUACAAAAUUUGGUGAAUCAAUAUACCACAUCGUACAAGGCAACAUCAAUACCAUCAUUAAAUGAUCUUCAAGAAUUUCCAUCAUUACCAAGCAUCUCACAACGACAACAAGAACAUCUACACAGUGAUAUCUUAGAUAAACUAGUCGACAUUCUUUCUAGUAAAAUGGAAAAGAUUAUCGAAGAAACAACAAGUCGUCGAAUAAAAUCUCUCCAGCAAAGAAUUAAGAAGAUCAAAAAGACCAUUGCCGCAGUAGAAACUAUCAUCAGCGACAACGAUAUGAAUAUCAACUCGAUGUCUGAUUCGGAUAGCAACGAUGAUAUUAAAGUAUUAAACACCAAAAAAGUAAAACAACAACAGAAACAAUCAACAGAUGCAGGCAAACACAUAAAGAACAAAAACAAACCAUCAUCCACACUAAUUACAACAGCAACACAAUCACCAGCUAUUACAACUGACACUUCAAUUAAAGCCCAACGUAAAACCAAAACAACAUCAAAAGCAGUCAAACGAAAUCGUUCUCCCAACAGUUCAUUAGAUUCCACUACAACUGAUAACAAAGAAUUAAAAACAAAUAUUAAUGAAGAUUAG